UCACAAGACUCAGAAGACUCAUGUACAAGUGCAGGUUGCUGCUAUGACCCUUCAGAUCGAACUACUCCAUGUUACUAUGGUAGUACAGUUACUGCUCGCUGCACGCCAGAAGGCUUUUUUUCGAUUGCUGUUCCCAGUACACAGACUGCACCAAGACUGGAUCUAAAUUCUAUUCGACUACUUGGCAACAGCACAGAAUGUGACCCGGUGGCAAGUAACAAUAUGUUUCUGCUGUAUGAAUUCCCUCUUUCUUCCUGUGGGACAACAUUCAAGGUGAUUGGGGAUCAGGCAGUGUACGAGAAUGUGCUGCAGGCCACAAAAACGAUACAAACCUGGAACAGGAUAUUCAUCUCCAGAGACACCACAUUCAGGUUGCUGAUUCGUUGCAGUUUUGCAGUCACUGGCUUUCUGCCACUGAAAGUCGAUGUGGUAACAUUUCCACCUCCACCACCAGUAUCCAGUGAAGGUCCAUUGUUGUUUGAGAUGAGGCUUAGUGUAGAUUCUCAGUAUAACUACUACUAUGAAGACCUUGAUUAUCCACUGGUCAAGGUACUGGGAGAUCCAGUGUAUGCUGAAGUUCGGAUACUUCAAAAGAAUGAUCCACAACUCGUCCUUGUGCUGCACCAGUGCUGGGCUACCCCAACUGAUGACCCAUUAGAUGAGAUGCAGUGGCCAAUACUUGUUAAUGGGUAG